CAAAGCUAGGGUGUUCAGUUAUUGCUGAAAAAGCAAUGAAGAUCCUGUACUUGUUGAUGUUCAUGAUCACGCUGUCUGGUAUUGUCACUCAGGACAGUGGAUGGGGUGUGAAUUAUCCUGAUAAUCCGAUCUGUGCUGUGAGAGGAUUCAGUGUCUCCAUUCCCUGUAGUUAUUAUUAUCCAACAUCAAAUCCCAAGAGUCAGGUGACACAAAUGCUUUGGUGCUCAAUGAACUCAAACACAGGAAGGUGUACAGACCCUCCGUAUGUUUAUAACAGCUCAUCAAACACCGAGUCAGACUUUGAGUAUGUUGGCGACAACAAAUCUGACUGCACUUUGUUAAUCCACAAUGUACAGUUCAGUUAUUCUGGAACGUACAAAUUUAGAUUUAUAACUAAUGUGCCUAGUGGAAAGUGGACAGGUGAACCCGGAGUGACUCUACAAACUACAGAUUUAAAGGUGUCACUAAUCAGGCUCAGUGGAAGCGGAACCCUUAAACAAGGAGACUCUGUAAAUCUGACGUGUGAUGUGAACUGCACACACAGUUCCUCACAGUUUGUGUGGUCUAAGAACAACGAGCAGUUAAACACAUCAGGACCCGUUCUUCACUUUCCUGCUCUAACCGUGAGGGAUUCUGGGAGUUACACCUGCAACUGGGAAGCCAAUGAGACGUCAGCAUCUAAAACCAUCAGCCUUCAGGUCGAGGGAGAUUUUGCUCAGUGGAAAAUCUGGAUCAUUGUUCUGGUGUUUGUUGUCGUGAUAGUAAUCGUAGCAGCUGUACUUUCCUACUGCAGACUGUGUUUUUUUCUUGUUAGAGAAAAUAGAGAAGCUCAGGAUCAAAACAUUGAUAAAACUACAGAGAAAGCAUGGGUUGGAGAAGACACUAUUGUUAAACAGACAAAACCAGAGCUAAACAACUCUCCUCAGCUGGGGGAGGAAACAUCGCACAAAGACGAAGUGACUUAUGCGUCUGUCCGUAUUAAACCCAAAGAACAAAAACAAGGGUUUGUUUACACUGAACAACAGAUAGAGGAUGACAGUGUUAUCUACAGCACUGUCACAAAACCUGAUCACAAUUGAACAUCUCAUUCAAACUGUUAUCCUGAAUCCUGUAAAUUGCACAUGUUGGUGGAGUAACUCUUCCUCAAUAUAAAAGUGCUGCUUAAGAUCGUCCCCAUCAUGAGCAAUACAUUUGCACAAUUGUUGAAUCCAACUCUCGAAUCCGCUUUCAAGGUCCCAUUUGUUGCAGUUGAUGGUCUCGCAUUGCAAUGUUUGUUUUAGAUGCUUGUUCCUCUGCUUUAAACUUUUUCUUUCAUCUUCUUUUCAUCAUUCUGUAGCGCAGUGUGAGACCAUCAUCUUAAGUUUAUGAGAUGAUAAACUUUAUUGAAAUUCUUUCUUCGCAUAUACCAGUCUAACUGGGGUGAGAGCGCACAGUCAGGAUUUAGCCUUCCGGGAGCAGACAGAGUUAAGGACCUUGCUCCAGGGCCCAACAAUGACAAGCUGGUGAGCUGAGCCUUGAACCAAUGCCUGUCCAAUCAGUAACUCAGUGCCUUAAAUUGUGGAAUUAUGUAUGAAACCCUUAUUUGUUUUAUACAGUAUGGCUAUAUCUUAUACAUAUAGCUACAUAACGAAUCAAUCAAAAGAAGGCAAUCUGUAUGUUAGAAAUCCAUGAUCUUUCAGUAGAUAAUGUGUUCAAGUAUGUAAAGCUGAUCAACCUUUAGUAAAGCACACUUGUAAGCCUAGUUAAUGAUAAUUCAUUGAGUGACUAAGUUUAUUGCUGUGCACCUCAGCAACAGAGGUCAGAAAAGAUCUGAAGAUUACCAAGAAACAAGAACUUUAAUACACAAGUCUUUCAAAUAGCUAAGAA